UAAUACAAAGCAAAACAAAAUUGAAAAAGGAAUCUAGAGACUAGGGCCAUUGUGAUCACCCAUGAUCAAUAGUAGAAAAAGGAAAAAAAAAAGAAGAAAAAACACAAAGUAAGAAUCAUUGAGUAGUUGAUUGUUCAGCUACUAAGUUCGAAUUGAGUUCUUUGUAAAUGAAACACGAACUAGUUAAAUUAUUUGUAAAUGAAACUCAACUAUAGUAUACUUAAAGGUUACUAUUAUGAUCGAGAAUUUAAUCUUAGUUAAGUUCUUUAUGAAUUGAACUUAGUUCAAAUGAAUCCUUAGCGAGAAAGAAAAGUUAAAUUAAAGAGAUAAAUAUGUUAGAGGAUGAAAUGAAUAGGAAGAUAUGAUUUUGGGGCCAAACAAAAUAAGAAGGGGAAAAAAUGUCCAAAGAGAUUUAUUUUUCUCAACAAAAUUAGAAGGGAUGUCAUUUUUAUAAUUAGCUACUUAUUUUGACCCAUGUGUGCAAAUAAAUAUUUUUUUUCCUCUUUUUUUGGAGCAAGCCGCGCGCAAUCUUAUAAUUAUUUGCCCGUCGGUCUCUGAUAUUCUUUGUAAUUUUCUUGCAAACUAUUUGGCUCGUCGGAAAAUUGAAAUCCCCUAGCUUUCUCCGUUACUUUCGAGAAGAGAUGGGCAUCGCUGGUCUGCCGAAGAAGGAGGCCAACGUGCUGCGAGGGCACGAGGGAGCAGUCCUCGCCGCUCGUUUUAACGGUGACGGAAACUAUUGCCUGAGCUGCGGCAAAGACCGCACCAUCCGCCUCUGGAACCCUCACCGUGGAAUCCACAUCAAAACCUACAAAUCGCAUGGCCGCGAGGUUCGUGAUGUUCACGUCGCUCCGGACAACUCCAAGCUCUGUUCUUGUGGUGGCGACCGACAAUUAUUUUAUUGGGAUGUAUCAACUGGCCGUGUGAUUAGAAAAUUUCGAGGUCACGAUAGUGAGGUGAAUGCUGUAAAGUUUAAUGAAUAUGCAUCUGUGGUAGUAUCAGCAGGCUACGAUCGUUCUCUGCGUGCUUGGGACUGUAGAUCUCAUAGCACUGAGCCUAUUCAGAUCAUUGACACAUUUUCAGACAGUGUAAUGUCUGUUUGUUUAACCAAAAGUGAAAUUAUUGCGGGAAGUGUAGACGGAACUGUUCGGACAUUUGACAUUCGUAUUGGUAGAGAACUUUCUGAUGACUUGGGGCAACCUGUCAACUGUAUCUCAAUGUCAAAUGAUGCCAACUGCAUAUUAGCCAGUUGCCUAGAUUCCACACUACGCCUUCUGGAUAGGUCUACUGGAGAACUAUUGCAGGAAUAUAAAGGUCACACUUGCAAGUCUUACAAAAUGGAUUGCUGCCUUACGAACACUGAUGCCCAUGUAACUAGUGGGUCUGAGGAUGGCUUCAUCUUCUUCUGGGAUCUGGUUGAUGCAUCUGUGGUGUCAAGCUUCAGAGCUCAUGCCUCAGUGGUAACGAGCGUUAGUUACCACCCCAAGGACGACUGCAUGAUCACUGCCUCUGUCGACGGUACCAUCCGAGUCUGGAAGACAUGAAAAGCUCCAUUGCCACCAACUCAUUACCCAAAGGUCUUCCUUUUCCAGAUGCUGAAACCUAUUUCCUUCUUUGAAUUUAUGAAUGAAACCAUUCAAAUUUUUUGGCUUAUGUUGAUAAAAAAACUAUAAAAAAAACCCUUGUAAUUUGCAUGCAUUUAUAGUUAAAACACUUCUCAAUA